AUGUCCCUGAGCAACCACAGCUUCAUCGAGCCGCAUGUGAGCUCCUCCGAGGCCGACAUUGACUCCCUCCCAUCCUCUUCCACGAGCUCCUCGGUCGAUGAAGACGAAUAUGUGUCGGACGCAGAAAGAGAGUGGAGGGAGUCGCUGCAGCAAAUGGAGCUGCUGUUGACAAUGAUCAUGGUACCUUACAUCGGGAAAUACUUUGGGCGGAAGUUCGCAUACUACGGCUGGGCAAAGUUUAUGGAAUGGAAGUACCCUGUCGAGGUCGUCAUCACAAACAAGACAGCGUUUAAGGCAGCAGGAGCGAUCGAGGCAGCAGCAACAUUAUAA